AUGAAUUUAUUCCGCACAUAUCUGGCGCUGUUGAUGGCUGGGAAAUACGGGGUAGAUGCGACAUUUUUCUCGAGACCAUCUGUCUUCACCAAUAGUGAUACCGCAGAAGGGCUCCAUACAACCACCGUUCAGUAUGAUGGGAAGAACCAUAUCUUCCUACCCCAAAAGAACUACGAUGGCUGGGUCAAUCCCGAAGAUCUGGCUGCAAUGCCACAGUGCAUCGCUCAACAAGAUCAGUCUACCUGGCUAAAUGCCAUGACGAGAUGCACCCGCAAACGAUGCACUUCCCACUUCGGAGUUAUCUGUACCCACCACCAAUGGCUGAUUCAGCUCAGCUGCCUUAGCACUUCGUUCUCCCCUAGUGUUGUCGAAAGUUAUCUCGCAUACUGUGGCAGAUCAGUUCUCGCCAAAGCGCAAUUAUAUCGAUGGAUUCGUAAUAUCACCGGUCGCACGUGGCUCGUCGACGUCGGUGACACGAAUGAGCUACAAUAUCUCUCCCCGGCCUCUUUACCUGAAGGGUACGCAGCUGUUGACGUGGUUCACAAUGCGCCGAAAUGUCUGACCGCCUCAAAUUCUGCUUUAUCGAUGGAACCAUUUCAGCAUGUAAUGUCCUCCUGUGGCUUCACAGGCACUACCCAGCACACCGGAAAUGCUGCUCGUCCUUGGGAAUACAGUGAAUUCCUGAAGAGCAUGAUCGCUCUGGAUCUUGAAACCGUUGGUUACGAUCUUGUCCGGCGACGUAUCACAGAUGGUGACUAUUUUGAUAAAUAUUGCUUCUGUAACAGCUUCACUUUAGAUCUCAAAAAGGAAACCUGUUCAGGGCCAGGAGAAUUGGAUUUCACGAAGGAGCGUCUAUGGAUUAAUGCCACGUGUGGACCAACAUCCUUACCUAAUGACUGGACGGAUACACUCAAAACCACACAAUUCGCAUACAUUCCUAUCGAAGAUUGGCACUGGCCCAUGUGCGUCGCGGAUAUGCCGAGGCAGACUAUAAAACAGGCAAAUCGCUCACUAGGUCACCAGGUCACUAGGUCGUGGUAA